CCGCUUUGACUGGAGCGAUUAAAAAAAAUAUUUCGAACACUGGCCACUUACGAACAUUUUUGAAAUUGGAACACCAAACUGGCCGCUGAUGAACAAUUUCAACUUUUUAAAAUUUGAAAUACCUGCCUAUGAACAUUUUUUGAAUUUAGAAAAAGUUUGAAAGGACUUUAGUGAAAAUGUCAGUGGUAAAGUUAGGGUUGUUUUUGAUCGUGUGUAUGAAUUUGAUGUUAUGUGAAUCACAAAUGAUGAGGAAGGAGGCGAUGAUGACAGUGCCACAACUCAUAACGGCAGCCGGCUACCCAAACGAGAAGCACCGAGUGCGAACACCCGAUGGUUACAUCCUCCAAAUGCACAGAAUACCAACCGGGAGGAGGUCAGCGCGCCGGUCAGACUCGUCUAAAGGGAAGAGGGCUGUGCUCGUUGUCCAUGGACUUUUGGGGUGCAGCGGGGACUUUAUCAUCAUGGGACCUGAGAGGAGUCUUGGUUAUCUCUUAGCUGACGCAGGCUAUGACGUAUGGCUUGGAAACCUCAGAGGCAAUGUCUACACUUCGCAUCAGAAUCUGACAAGAAACAAUCCCGCGUUUUGGGAGUACAGCUUCCACGAGCACGGCAAAUACGACAUACCAGCCAUGAUAGACAAGAUCCUGAACAUCACCGGUCUUCCCAAAAUAAUGUACGUGGGCUACUCCAUGGGAACCACCAGCUUCUUCACAAUGAUGGCCCAACGGCCCGAGUACAACGAGAAAAUCAUCGCCAUGGUGGCUCUGGCGCCCGCCGUGUACCUGGACAACGUCAGGCCUUUCACGGACUUGUUCAUCAAGACUAUUAAUGUACCUGCUACCAUGCGGCAACGAGGCUUGAUAUCAGUGAAUCUACAACAGGAGCUCAUGAACACCAUCCUCGGGAACUUGUGUAACUCGCGGGACCCUCGCCAGGACCUGUGCCUGCAGAUUGUGUAUACUAUCGUUGGUGACGAUUACGAGCAGAACGAUCCAAUGAUGUCAAGCGUCAUUAUGGUCAGAAUGCAACCGGCCUCGUGGCGACAACUAGAACACUUUGCCAAAAUUGCUAUGUCAAGCGUCUUCACGUCAUGGGAGAACGGGCUGUACGGUGAAGUGAAGCCAUACGACCUGACCAACGUCAAAGUGCCUGUGACGCUCCUCUACGGUCUUAACGACCAGUUGACGGAGAAAAAUCAAAUACUGCGUCUAGCAACAGUCCUGAACAGCACAGGGAUGCUAGAAGAUUUCCGGCCCGGCUGCAACUGGCCAAAAUUCAACCAUCUCGACUUUGUGUUUGCUAAGGAUGUAGGCAAAUUGUUGAACAAGCCUUUGGUCAAACAUAUCAAUAAACUAUACGAGACGUACAGUGAAUCAUGA